CAGAAAUCCGGUCAGCAGCAAUCAUUCAUCUCAUCCUUCAAAGAUCGGCAGUAGGCAGAAAGCUCCACUCAAGGCAGCUCGUACGCGAACACGAUCUCGGACGAAACCCUCGGACUGAGCUGUCUCACUCAAUCCGACAGCCUUACUUAUACAGCCCUCCUAACCCCCAAGACAUCAACGUAAUGUCCAUCCUCUACGACCAACUCUACAAAUCCACACCCCUCCUGCCCAAAACCUCAUCAGAAAAAUCAAUCCAAUACACACCAAUGUUCCAAUCCGCCAACGCUCAGAAGGAGAAUGAGAAGAUGUCCUCCACACAACCACGAACAGGAACACAGUCUGUUGUCACUUCCAGCUCGGAUUCUGAUGACAGGAGUUCGGUCUGGAGCAAGUCUACGGGAACUUCGACGAUUACUGUGAUUAAGGAGAGGAUGAAGAGGUCUUCGAAGGACGACGAGAAGAGAACUCCUGCGCAGAAAGAGGCGGAGAAGAAGGCUGGUCGACUUUCGUAUGUGACGCUGGGUACGCUUGCGGCGUUGAAGGGUUAGAAAACUAAUAACUUCGGUGGAGUUGGAGUAUGUUCUGAGUUGGUGCAGACAGCACGGCUGGCUCGUUGACUUUAUGAUUACUGGCGGAAGUACAGUGUUUCUAGCUAGGCGUUACUGGUGGGAGGCUAAGCUUACGGUCGAUCGAUGAUGGAUACCAAAAGGGUUGGAGUUUAUGACUAAGGUUGUUUGGUUGGAUGAGACUGAUGCUGGGUGCUUGAUUUGCUUGAGAUGGAUUGUAUAUAGAAUAUGAGUGAUACAUGUACCAGAAUGCUUUGCUUC